AGUGAACUUGACAUCCCUUGUUCUCUUACCCGGCUUUAGUCUUUCUGAUUCUUCAGCUCCUUGUAAACAUGGCUGGCUGUUUGCAGAUUCUCCGUGCUGUCUCUAGGUCAUCAUCAGCAGUAAUUGCCGCAGGAAAUUUGUCUGCUGCUCGACCACAAGUUUCCCACGUAGCCCCAGCUCUGACUAACGUACAACAACGACGACACUAUGCUGCUGACAAGCGGAUCAAGGUAACAAAUCCUGUAGUAGAAAUGGAUGGAGAUGAAAUGACCCGUAUCAUCUGGGAAUUCAUCAAAGAAAAGCUGAUUUUGUCAAAUGUGGAUGUGGAAUUGAAAUACUUUGAUCUUGGCCUCCCUUACCGUGAUCAGACAAAUGAUCAGGUCACUAUAGAUUCUGCAUUGGCUACCAAGAAAUAUAAUGUUGCUGUAAAGUGUGCUACAAUUACCCCUGAUGAAGCCAGAGUUGAGGAAUUCAAGCUGAAGAAAAUGUGGAAGAGUCCUAAUGGCACAAUCAGAAAUAUCCUGGGUGGUACAGUGUUCCGAGAGCCAAUUAUCUGCAAAAACAUUCCCCGCCUUGUUCUUGGCUGGAGCAAGCCUAUCACCAUUGGCAGACACGCCCAUGGAGAUCAGUACAAGGCAACAGAUUUUGUAGUGGACAGAGCUGGCACAUUUAAAAUGGUAUUCACCCCUAAAGAUGGCAGUGCCACAAAAGAAUAUGAAGUGUUUGAUUUUCCAGCUGGAGGCGUUGGAAUGGGCAUGUACAACACAGAUGAGUCUAUCUCUGGUUUUGCUCACAGCUGUUUCCAGUAUGCCAUCCAGAAGCAAUGGCCACUAUAUAUGAGCACAAAGAACACCAUCCUUAAGGCAUAUGAUGGGCGCUUCAAGGACAUCUUCCAGGAUAUCUUUGAAAAGCAUUACAAGCCAGAUUUUGACAGACUGAAGAUUUGGUACGAACACCGCUUAAUAGAUGAUAUGGUAGCGCAGGUACUGAAGUCCAGUGGUGGUUUUGUUUGGGCCUGUAAGAACUACGAUGGGGAUGUUCAGUCUGACAUUCUAGCCCAAGGCUUUGGUUCUCUUGGGUUGAUGACCUCUGUCCUAGUUUGUCCUGAUGGCAAGACCAUUGAAGCUGAGGCAGCCCAUGGAACAGUGACCCGCCAUUACAGAGAGCAUCAAAAGGGCAGACCUACUAGCACCAAUCCCAUUGCCAGUAUCUUUGCCUGGACACGAGGCUUGGAGCAUCGUGGUAAACUAGAUGGCAACGCAGACCUCAUUGGCUUUGCACAGAAAUUGGAGCAAGUCUGCGUGGAAACAGUUGAGAGUGGUGUAAUGACCAAAGACCUUGCUGGCUGCAUCCAUGGUGGUCUAAGCAAUGUUAAAUUGAACGAGCAUUAUGUUAAUACAACGGACUUCCUUGAUGCCAUCAAAAACAACUUGGACAAAGCACUGGGAAAGAAAUGAACUUUGGAAAACUUGGACAUAGUUGGUUAAUUUAAGAAAGCUAAUCACUAAGAGGACUCCGGAGAAUCUGUACAAGUGAAUGUCAUUUUAAAGUUCUAGCAUUAGACCUACCAGAAAUGAACUUCAUGUCAUUUUUAAUAUUCCCCUUGUACUGGGUUUAUUUUUUUAGAGAUGCUACUCCUUUUCAUUUUGUCUCUGGAUGUUGUACAGUUGGAGUUGACUUGACGGUUUCCAUGUUUAGUGUACAAAUGUGAAAAGAUGAUGUACCUAAUUUAUACUCCAAUGGAGUUGACACAAGCAAAAAAUGAUCUUCAUGACUAUUGAAGAUACUUUGGGGCAAUAAAUAAUCUACGAGCUA